AUGAAUCCGCCGCUCUACCGCUGCCACAACAUUACCUCGGUGGAGAAUGGCAACUCAGCGACCAUGGGUGGGGUGCUCUUCAGCGCGGGUCUUGUUGGCAAUCUGCUGGCGCUAGUGCUCCUGGCUCGCUCAGGGCUGGGGUUUCGCCUGCCGCGACCCACACGCUCGGUUUUCUGUGUGCUGGUGUGCGGCCUGACAGUUAUGGACUUGGUAGGCAAGUGCCUCGUGAGCCCGGUGGUGCUGGCCGCCUACGCACAGAACCGCAGUUUGAGAGGGCUAGUGCCCUCAUCGGGCAACUCGCUGUGUCAAGCCUUUGCCUUCUUCAUGUCCUUCUUCGGCCUUGCCUCGAUGUUGCAGCUCCUGGCCAUGGCGCUGGAGUGCUGGCUCUCUCUGGGGCAUCCCUUCUUCUAUCGACGGCACAUCACCCUGCGCCGGGGCGCUCUGGUGGCGCCACUUGUGGGCGUCUUCUGCCUGGCUUUCUGCGCGUUGCCCUUCGCGGGCUUCGGGGAGUUUGUGCAGUACUGCCCGGGCACUUGGUGCUUCAUCCAGAUGGUCCACGAGGAGCGCUCGCUAUCAGUGUUGGGCUACUCAGUGCUCUACAGCAGCCUCAUGGCACUGCUGGUCUUGGUCACCGUGCUCUGCAACCUGAGCGCCAUGCGUAACCUGUACAUCAUGCACCAACGGCUGCGGCUGCAUCGGCUGCAGCGGAGCUCCAGCACCGGGGACCGAACAGAGCUGAGCACCCGCAAGACAAUGGCGUCCCUGCAGCCCCUGGAGGAGUUGGAUCAUCUCCUGCUGCUGGCCCUCACGACCGUGCUCUUCACCAUGUGCUCCCUGCCCUUAAUUGUGAGUAUUCUUCCUGGGGUCACUGGCAGGACACCUGGCAGUGGCUGGGACUUGAGAAAGGUUUUUCAGUAUUGCUCCUCUACAACUCCCCAGCCCCUCCCAGCAAGCACACCAUUUCAAUCUCCGGAGUCGCACGCAGCAGGCGCGCCCUGCCCAGCGCCCCCUCGCUUCCCAUCUCCGCCAGCGCGGCCAAAUGGACUCACAGCGCCCCCAUGGGGUAUGACGCUUCGUGCCUCUGGUAGCGUAUGGGCGCUCCCACUUCGGACAACCAUGACAUCUCAGUUGGGCACGCCCCGGGGCGGUGCAGGGGCGGCGCAGAUAGCCGCUCCUCUGAGCCGGACUCUGGGCUCUGGAGGACGCGGGUCUGCGCAGGAGCCCCGGGCGCCGUCCGGAUGA